AGAGAGAGAGAGAGAGAGAGAGAGAGAGUGAGUUUAUACUAGGCUCAGCAUUCGUUGAUUCUAGACCUUCAUACUGAGGUAUAAAUGUUUCCUGCCAAGAUUAAGGACAAGUUUUUCUCCAGGAGGGCAAGCAUUUAUAUACAUCUUUGGCCAUUGGGGCUCAGACUUCUUAAAGACAGGUUUUUGGUUGUUUGGUUGGUUAGUUUCUUUCUUUCUUUUUCUUUUUCUUUUUUUUUGGAGGGGGGGGCUUGGAUUCUUGUUAUUGUCAAUGUAAAAUUAAGUAUUUUAACUUUAAGCUGGAUGGGGUUCUGGGGACAAGCUACAGGUGUUCUUUUUCCUGAUUGAGCAGGGCCGGGCUUUAGAAAUGAACACUUGGGAGUGCUGUCUAAGGGACGUCCUAAAGGACUUUUAAUGUUGUUGGUAUCACAUACAGAGAAAAUGCCCCCAAGCAGUUAACUUUAGAAGUUCAUCUUGCUCAGGGUUUCCAUAGCAAGGCGAUUUCGUCCCUGCUGGACCACAGGGGUGCCUCCGCAUUCUUAAUUCUUCUGCCAAUUUUCCAGAUGCCGUUGGAAAUAUAUCCUGACCUUUUUUUUUUUUUUCUUCUUUCAUUCCAUUUUGAGUACUGAAUACUUUCCUGUCGCUCCUUAAACUGGCAUGAAUAAAAUAUGCCUCUUUGGGGUGAUGGUUUUCAAAUGUUUCUUAAAGAAAAACAAAGCACUCUGGUUGGCUGAACCCAGGAGGCCUGUUUGAAAGUCCCUGUAAUUUCUGAUGGUGUCUUUGAGAGGAGUGAUCUCCCCUUCACACAGUGUGCAGUAACCCCAGAAGCAAAUAAAUGUAGGUGACUGAAGCAGGCUUCUUCCAGCUUGAGAAUAACACUCCCUCUCCCCUAGAACAGUCUGUGAUAUCUACAUGAAAUGUAUGGGCUGGCGAGUGCCCACCGUGUAAGUUAAAAUGGGGAGAUGAUUUGGAAAUAGCACCAGUAGUGGUUAUAAAAUAGCUAGUCCAUGCAUUCAUUGAGUAAAUCUUCUGUUCUUAUAUUGUAAUAUAAUGUGUAGAUCAUAAAAAUUUAUCAUCUUAGCCAUCUCAUGUCUGCUUCAGGAGUCUCCAGUCCGAUUGUGUUGUGUAACCACUACCACCAUCGCUCUCUCUCGAACUUUGUCAUCUUCCCAGAGACUCUGUCUCAUUAAAUAGAAAGUCUCCAUUUCCCCUUCCCAUCAGCCCCUGGAACCUACCAUACUCUGUUUCUGUGAGUCCAACAGUUUAGGGGUCCCAGGAAAGUGGAUUCUAGAGAUUUUGUUCAUUUGUUCAUUUGUGACUGUCUCAAUUUCACUUGGAUGACAAUAUCAUCAUAGUCAUUGUUGCCGUCGUCGUUGACGUCGUCGUCUUCGUCUUCUUCUUCUUCUUCUUCUUCUUCUUCUUCUUCUUCUUCUUCUUCUUCUUCUUCUUCUUCUUCCUCUUCCUCUUCCUCUUCCUCCUCCUCCUCUUCUUCCUCUUUGUUCUCUUCCUCUUCCUCCUCUUCUUCCUCCCCCUUCUUCCCCUCCUCCUGGUUUUGUUUUGUGAGACAGGGUUUCUUUUUCUAUGGAGCUCUGGUUGUCCUGGGACUCGAUCUAUAGACCAGGGUGGCCUUGAAAUCAGAGAUCGUCUGCCUCUCCCUCCUAAGCAAUGGGAUUUAAGGAAUGCACCAAUAGGCCUGACUCACUUGGAAUUCUAACAGUUUGUGGUAGACUUUUCUUCGUGUGUGUGUGUGUGUGUGUGUGUGUGUGUGUGUGUGUCUGUGUUGCACAUGCACGUGCAUGUGUGCGCUGUAUUACUUCAGAUGGGAAUUUUGUAUCCUUUUUUUUUUUUCUUUUUUUCGGAGCUGGGGACCGAACCCAGGGCCUUGUGCUUGCUAGGCAAGUGCUCUACCGCUGAGCUAAAUCCCCAACCCUGGAAUUUUGUAUCCUUAACCCACGUUCCCUCAACUCUUUCCCCAUUCCUGGCAUCCACAAUUUUCUUCUCUACUUGUGUGUGAUGAAUUUUUAGGAGAAUUUCCUUUUUGAGGAAUACAUUUUCAGUUAGCUCUUUCUCUGCGUAAUUCAUUAUGCCAGGCUUUUUGAAAAAAGACAAAACUUAUUUCGCUCAGCGGAUUUCCAGUGUUAGUAGAAAAAAUGCUCAUAAACCUAAGUAAGUCUAAUAAGACUUGGAAACUGAGCACAGGAGAGAGGUGAAAUGAAAUUAAAAUGGCAAUCAUUUUUAUAGAUGUUCUUUUUAUAUAUUUUUAUGACCUUAGUGAGACUGGCUAAGAGAUUGUAGUUUUGUUUUAGUUUUGGGGCCCAAUUGGGACCCAGUGGCCAGCUCUUGAGAAGGCUCUUUUGUUUGUUUAGUUUGUUUUGUUUUGUUUUUAAGACAGGGUCUCUUUCUGUAGCUGGAACUCUGCAGACCAGGCUAGCCUUGAACUCAUAAAGAUCCGCCUGCCUCUGCCUCCCAAGUGCUGGGAUUAAAGGCCUGGGCUAUGUCUGCCACCGGCUGAGAUGACUCCUCUUCACCUUCUGUAAGUAAAGGUCAACACUGCAAGGUGGGAAGUGAGACUGUCAUUCUAUCUGGGCUGACGAGGGAGACUUGGUAGAGGACUGAGGCAAGUGGUAUUUAGCUUUGAGGAGAGGAUAAUGGUUAGGGCAGACACUGCAGGCCCAAAUACCUCGAUGGGGACAGUAGGAUGUACAGACCCAGUGGAGGUUAGAGGCAGAACUGAACAUUUCACACUCUGCACUUAACUUCUUAAGUGAAACGUGUAUGGGUUUCCCCUUACAAUAAAUGGUCCUCAAUUCUCCAGGCGUCAUCUGCAUGCCAUGCUGAUGUAUUUACACCAUUAUGUUAAGUUAGGGCAGAUCCUACAGGCAAGGGGCUCUUAUGAUUGUUCCCAGCCACAAGUCCCAGGUGAGAACUGUGCUUCUUUCCCACUGGCUGUAAAUCUAGGGUUCUCUUCCAUUUCUCCUCCGUCAGAGCGUUUGCUGUGGUGAUUCACAAAGCUCAGGGAGAUAUUCUGCUUUUUACUGGUUUCUUAGAAAACACACAUCUAGAACCAUCAAAUAGGAGAGAUACACGGGGUGAGGUGAAGUGUAGGGAGCAGACGUCUUCCAUGUUCUCUCUGGCCUUGUUACCCUCCAGGUGCACAUUAUUGCAUCCAGCAAUAACAGCAUAGUUGUGGUUCCAUGACUAGAGUCAGGUAACCCCCAAACCCUCUUUCUUGCUGUGCUGUCUUUGUCUUCUGCCUCCCUCCCACCUCCGAGAACUGUUGCCCGUGUUUCUCUAUUAUGUGCCCAUUAAGUGCUUGCGAACCCAAAAGGCCACCAAGGAGCUGAUUCUGAUGCAGCCCCACUAGGGUCUUUUUUAUUCAAGCUCGAACUUGGCCCACCACCUUUGAUCCUGCGGAAGAUAAAGCUCAAGGCCCAGUUUCCAGCAAGCGUUUAUAGAAGCGAGCAAACAAGCAAGGGGAUGUCUAGCCUGGCACACAUCCAACUGGGGGGCUAUUAUGGAAUCUCAUUUUCCUUUAAAGCAGUUGGCAGGCGCAGGGAGCCAAACCAUAAACUUAACUUCUGCUUUCCUCCUGGUUGGUGCUUCUUAGUGACAUGGAGGUGCAGGCUUGUUAGGGAGUAACCUGGAAACUAGGGUUAGGGGCAGGCUUCUUGGCUAACUCAAGGUCAACCUUAGGUCAGGUUCUCUAAAUGGAGUUGGUCUGGUCUCUGAGCUGCCCCUCUGGGUAGUGCUCUUGAGGGUUUAACCGUCCAUUCUCAAUGAUAGCUUGGCCAAAUACCGACUCCUGCAGCCACCAUACCCAGAAGGGUCUCCAAAUUAACCUUUUUGUAGGUUGUGGGUGGGGCCACCCUCCAUAGGAAUAUUUUUUUUUUCUUCUAGGCCCCCAUGGAGACCAUCUUUGAUCUCUUUUCUAGUUUGAUCUUAUUUAUGCGUCCUGUCUGGGGCUUAGCGGAACUUGCCCUUGAAAUGGCUUAAACAAGCACUUAGAAUUUAGUCUGAGGUAAGAUCAACAACGGGUCGAUUGUUCUUUUCCUAGCCAGCUGGUAGGGCUUUCUGUCCAAACAGCUGCAGCUCCCUAGGUCAGGUCACCAGGUCCCAGCCUGGUGUACCUGAGCGUCCACGUGCUGUUCCUGUCAUUUGGGUUUUGACUUUAACCCUGUCCUUUAGAAUUGUGUCUCUGACCCAGGAAGGAGAUGAUUUUUUUUUCUCCGCCAUCUCCAUGUUUGGCCUGCAGCUGUGUUUGUCUGAUUUCACAAUUUUUCCCUCAUCUCAACUGCACCUCACCAUCGGACCCAGCUCAUCUGCAGCCAUCGGUAAUCUCCGUUCAAAUUAAUCUUCCAAAGAAGCACAUUACGUUGAUUGCUCCGCAGGCCCAGUUUCGGUGUCCGUACCUUUCAGCUGCUUAUAGAAGUGUGGGGCCUUUUCUGAAGUUGUGUUAGCUGAAGAGAAAGCAACGGGGAAGCUCUUUGCAGUGAAGUGCAUCCCGAAGAAGGCGCUGAAGGGCAAAGAGAGUAGCAUCGAGAACGAGAUUGCCGUGCUUAGAAAGAUUAAGCAUGAAAACAUUGUGGCCUUGGAAGAUAUUUACGAAAGCCCGAACCACCUCUACCUGGUCAUGCAACUUGUGUCUGGUGGAGAACUCUUUGAUCGGAUAGUGGAGAAGGGAUUUUACACAGAGAAAGAUGCCAGCACUCUCAUCCGCCAGGUCCUGGAUGCUGUGUACUAUCUCCACAGAAUGGGCAUUGUCCACAGGGACCUCAAGCCAGAAAACCUCUUGUACUACAGUCAAGACGAGGAGUCCAAAAUAAUGAUCAGUGACUUUGGCUUGUCAAAAAUGGAGGGCAAAGGAGACGUGAUGUCUACGGCCUGCGGAACCCCGGGCUAUGUUGCCCCAGAAGUUCUUGCCCAGAAGCCGUACAGCAAAGCAGUUGACUGCUGGUCUAUUGGGGUGAUCGCCUAUAUCCUGCUCUGUGGUUACCCUCCUUUUUAUGAUGAAAAUGACUCGAAGCUGUUUGAACAGAUCCUCAAGGCAGAAUAUGAGUUUGAUUCCCCCUACUGGGAUGACAUCUCCGACUCUGCAAAAGACUUCAUUCGGAAUCUGAUGGAGAAAGACCCAAAUAAAAGAUACACCUGUGAGCAGGCAGCUCGACACCCAUGGAUCGCUGGUGACACAGCCCUCAGCAAAAACAUUCACGAAUCUGUCAGUGCCCAGAUCCGGAAGAAUUUCGCAAAGAGCAAAUGGAGACAAGCGUUUAAUGCCACGGCCGUCGUGAGACAUAUGCGGAGGCUACAGCUCGGCAGCAGCCUGGACAGCUCAAAUGCAAGUGUCUCAAGCAACCUCAGUUUGGCCAGCCAAAAAGAUUGUCUGGCACCUUCCACGCUCUGUAGUUUCCUUUCUUCUUCGUCGGGGGUCGCAGGAGUCGGAGCUGAGAGGAGACCCAGGCCCACCACUGUGACAACAGGGCACACUGGAAGCAAGUGACCCGGCUCUGGAGGUGGAACCCAGGGGGCGGGGCCGGGGAAGGAGAAGCCCCUGGCCGGAGCAGCUCCAGCAUCAGAAACCCCACCCACCCUGCAUGGUGCGCCUGCAUAGGACUGGAAGACAGAAGUUUUUUUAUGGCCAUAUUUUAUACUGCAAUUCUGAUGUGUUCAUUUCUCACUAACUGUACUGACUGACUCAAGGGGAGCUGACAUCACAGGAGAUCUGGUGCUGUAUAUACGAAUCUUGCAAAGCUCUAACUGAAUGGACCUUCUUGCUCCCCUCCCCCAACUCCACCACUUCCGCUCUCUCAGUGUAGGCAGCCGUCUAGGGUGUAUUUUUUCAUGGAAAAAAAUAUCAAGGUUUCAACUGGAUUAUUUAAGUAUUGGUAAAUGUCGUGCAUUAGGAAUUCCUUUGCUUUUGAGAUGUGUCUUUUUGAUCUCUGUUAGUCACGUGAUCUCUAUCAUUUACUCUUUAAUGGUGGUUUUACGUUAACAUUUACGAGGUUGUUUUCCCCUCCCAGAAGGGUUAAAAGGUAUUUUUUAAAAAUUCUAAGAGGAUCAAGAGUCUGUGUCUGCGGCUAAGAGUGCACAUUACUUGUGUUCCUUCGCUCCCAGUCCCUUCCUCCAGAGGUCACCCCAGCAGCUGCGCGCUGGGCUGGCUUCUCGCCAGGUGGCUUUUGGCAGGGACCCUGCAGAAAACCUUACAGGCAGCUUCCCCUGAGAACUGUUUACUAACCACAGAAGAUAGAAGCUUGUUUCCUGCACCCUGAACUCCACAGGUGAACUGCGCUCCAGGAACGGGAUCCCCACAGUGCCAAGAUUUAGGAGCCUCCCUUGCAGAAGGGACGGACUGCCAUCUUGUUUUAUAAAUGAACCACACACAGCCCUCAAUUCUCAUGGGGGAUGAUGGAUGAAACUCUGAUCUCAGCUAUGCACUUUUAAGACGAAUCUCUAUCUGUUUUAAUUUUUUAAAUUCAUUUCUAAUAGUACCCUUCAAAUGGCCUAUACCACACACUCCCCGCCACACACAUACACAUUUUUACCCUGUUCUCUCAUGAGCAUUACCCAAGAGAGGGGACAGAAAUGGCCUCAAAAAGAAACCUUUUGUUUUAAGUGGAAAGGAAAAACACACCAAGAGAGCAGAAUAUUGCCCAUCUCAGAGAUGGCUGACUCAGCAAAAUCCAGCUGGUACCCAAGCCUUCACUUACGUCAGAAGAAUCUGAAACUCACAGUACCUGUGGUAGUCAGGCUGUUGGGUGUCCUGAUUGUAACAAGGACUGGAGGAUUUUCCAGGAUGUGGAACUUGAAGGCUAAAAUCAGGAAUGCCCCGUGAAAACCAGUGCAUGUCGUUGAACUGCACAGAGGCUACAUAGGCAGGAAGAGCAAGCAUAGCUCAUAGCCCAGGGCAAACAUUCUCCAAGGAGGCUCUCAGAGACCAAGGCAAAUGGUUCGAAUGCCAGUUUUUCUAAUAUUCCCCUUCAGCUCUCAUGUCUGUCUAAAGCCUGAGCCUCAUCUGCAGUCAGCUAUAGUCUGCCAAGAUGGGCUGUGAUAUGUCUCCCUCCUGGCUCAGGGGCUGUCCUCCCAGGCUGUUUUACUCAUGCCCUUCUUAUGAACUUGCCAGCCAUAGAAAUUCCUGCUGGACAAGUAAGUCAUUCUUGUCACCCCUACACUUUGCCCCCAGCCCUCUCCAGUGCGCACACACACACACACACACACACACACACACAUUGUCACCAGGCAGGCAACUCCAGCUCCACAAAGGACACGGUGCAAGAUAUAUAAGAGCAGUUUCAAACUCAGACAUCUGGUCUACCCUGUUCUCCCUUAUAUCAAAUAAAUACAGAACAGGUAAAGAGUAAGCCCUGGUAAAGGUGUCUACCUUGCAAUCAACCAUGCUUGGUUCAACCUUGACACAUCAGGUCUCCAUGAACUAGUGUAAGACAGUGAUAGCUAGUGCCAGCCCAGUGGUAGGCAAGGUUGAACAUGCCAUCGGGAAGCCCGUGCAUGACAUCGUUUCCUACUGUUUUAAGAAAGGUGAAAAUAAGUGCCGCUAGGGAGAGUCUUCUAUUCCGAGAAGGUCAUUGUGGCAGAAAGAUAAAGUUUCACUGCCACAUCGUGGUAGUACUAUGUAAUAAUAAAUGAGAACAUAGAAUGGACUUAGUCUUAAGACCUAGAAAGGUGGGUAACAAAGUCUCAGCUCCCUUGCCCUUCUCAGAUUCCAGUGACAUAAGCUGAGAAUUGCACUACCAGUGUAAUGAAUAAAUGUCCCACUGUGUUUGCCAGCGUCCACACAGGUCCCCUCGCAGACUAUUUUUCUAAUACCAGGCUCUCCCCACCACCUCCAUUAUAUUACCUUUUCACAUUUUCUAGGUAUAUGUAUAUCCUCACUUAGCUAUGAAAUAUUGAAAUACUUCCAGAAUAGUCCUUAUCCCCGCCUUCCUGCCCUUCACCUAUACUUGAGGCAGAAAGAGCAGCUAAUACUCAUCCAAAACCAACAGUGAAUGGAAGCUCUCACUCAGCCCCAACAGAGCCAAUAGCUUCUCAUUCUAAAGCAAGGGAUCUCUAGAGUUUGGAACUUCAUGCUGGGGUUAGGAAGCAACAGAGGCAGAGGCUGGAGGGGCAGGGAAUGCCACAGAAUCUUUGAGGACAUGGAGACUCCAGUGACAGAGACAGCAAUCCCAGUGUUGUGGAUAGCCUUUGUAACAAGCCCUAGCAAGUUUUUAUCCCUUCCUACUACCUCUAACCCCAAAGAGACUCUGACUCCAAAAGAUCAGCUGGCAUUCAUAUCUCUGUGUGAAAGAAAAGGACUAUGGAGAAGGUAUUUAAACAACCCAAAAGGUAUGGAUUCCUGCCCUUCACCUUGAUCCUAGGUCACUUCUCAAACACUACCUUGAGUCUCCAGCCAUACCACUUUAAUUGUGCCCAACGUCAUUGCAGAUUCCUCCUUAAUAAAAUAGCCACCUCCACUUGCACACCAACUCAUGGUCUAGAGACGCUUCCUCUCUUCAGGUUUCUCUGAGUGUGGUGUCUGGAAACACAGCAUUUGGUUCAGUGAAUCCCAGAUUCAGUUUACUUAUUUAAGCUUUUUUCUAUACUUCAGUACUGGAUAGCUUGUCAAUCAAUGGCAGAGAGAAUUGGCCAUUAUACUAUAGGCCAAGAGCAACAUGGACACAGGAAAAGAAAUGAGUUGGUCCUCUCUUGAGAGUUUUGACCCCUCCUGUAGGAUGUAAAACUUGAUAUGGUCAGAGCUCCUGGGUUUGAUGGGUUUUGAGCAUGUUUAAACAUGUUUAGACAGCAAGAAAAGGCCACCCAGUGGAAAUGACUGGGGAUUUUAGAGCCCUAAGUAUCAUAACCCUUUGGCCUACUCAGACUUUUCACACUGAGGAAUCCAAACAAGUGCCACUACUCCAGGCUGCAGGCAGGAGACCUGGAGUCAGAGCCUCUCUGCCUUGCAGGAUUUGUGAAGGUGCCAUGCUGGGUUUUUCUGGACCAUGAGAAGUGGAGUGAGGAUGGGUGAAGGUCAGUCCCUUCCAUUUCUCACAACCAGAGAUCAAGUUCUCCAGGAUUGCACAACCACUUCCAGCAAGUGAGAUGGGGGCCCCCUCUUGCAUGUCCUACAAAAUCAGCGCUAGGUCCUCAUCCCUUCUCACACUCCAACAAUUUGCCUUUUCUUUAACCACACACAUUCCAGACCAAACACUGUUCAGUUUGUUUCCAAAAUUAAAAAAACCAAUGUAUAUAUAUCUGUAUGUAGUCUACUGCUCUUUAGUGGGUUUCCUGGCCCUAGGGUGGGGCUGCAGGCAGAAAAGGUAUUCCAAAUCCUUUGAUUUUUUUCAGAAUUGAACGUUUUGAGGUGAUUUGCUUGCUUGCUUGGUUUCUUUGUUUUGUUUUUCAAGCUAAGCUAGAGAAGUAGAUUUCAAAAGGCCAACUUACUUCCUGGUGACCCCACAAAAAUUUGUGUGCAGGCCAGGUAGUUUGAAAUCUUCAACUCUGGGAGGCAGGCAAGUCUAAAGGAGGAAGAAGAGGAAGAAAGGCCACAUCCCAUCUACCAGUUCUCUUCUUGGUGGUCUCGGUGCAUGAACGUCUGUCUGCAGCUCUGGUGUGUGCACAGGAGCCUAGCCCCACUGUGAAGAUGGCCCUGCAUGCUGGUCACAGCCUGGCCUGCCUUCUCCCAGCAAAAUCUUCAUAAUCAUCAGGGAGCACUUAGCCCUGCAUAGACGUCCCUGAAAACUCCAGUGGGAGCAGCUCAGCUUGUGGCUUUAGAGGUUCUACUUUUGCAAACCCAAAGGCUAUGCAUUCGGAAGCCAAAUAUUCAGUUCAGCAUGUGGCUGCCGAGUCUGGUUUUGUGGACAAAGCAAACUGUGCAAUGGCUUCUCUGUGUCUGUAUUUUUCUAAGCCAAAGGGACAAACUAUUGCAUCGACACCCCGCCCCCUGUACUAAAGCUGCUUCUGCACUCUUUGUGCCCAUUCUUAACCUUUUUUUUUUCCUGUCUCUGGGGAAUUUGUCAUCUAAUUACUAUGCCCUCUGAUGAUUUACCAAACUAUGUUGCUUAUAGGUGAUUUUAUUUUCCUUAUGGAUGGGAAAAACAGAAAAUGAGAGACAUGUUUGAGGCUUUGGUCAAAGUCAUCACUCAAAAGUUCCGAACACUAGUUAACUCUCUUCUCAAUAGGAAAAAAGAAAAUCUUCCUUUGGAUAGAUUCAGGAUUCUGGGACCCUCCUGGAUAACCCUGUACUUUGGAAGACAACACCCUGGGGUAGACCUGGUAGUCAGGCUCUCCAGAGGGGAAAAGGGGACUAAAACAUCAUCUCAGAUGUUUGUCCCACACUACAGAAGCUGCGGCUCUCCUUGACAGACACUUGGCCAUUUCAGGGCAUUGUACGACUCUGUCGAGUAUUAGAGCAGCAUCUUCAGUUUGGAUGACAGAGCUGUAUGUUUCAGAGAACACUUAUCUUAGCCCACAUUCAGGUGAGAAGACACCAAAGGUAAUACUCUGCCCAGAACAUCCAUUGGAAUAAUGUCUAAAUUGGCUUCCGUGGCUAUUUAUCCAUUCUAUAAUUGACCUCCAUUCAGCUCUCUCCCAAUGAUGGGCAUGUUUUCCCAACAGUUUCCAUCAAGUCCAAGAUUGGCCCCACUCAUUACCAGGCUUGCAAUUGGUUUGGGUAUUUUUUUUUUCAAUUAAAAACAUGCUUAUCCAAAAUUGAAAAAAUAAAAAGUAAAAGAAGGGAAACUGUGCAUUUAUCCCAUGCAUGUAAUAAACUCUGCAAGAAGUUUAAACCCCCAUAGGUUUGCGGCACUGCAAAAUUGUUCAUGGGUCUAUGUAACAAAUGAUUCUCUGCCUUGACAAUCAUGUAUACAUAUCAAUUUCUAUCAUAAUGAUAAUGAGAUUGAUGACUUCUUGUUUUCCUCCAAUAAAGAGAAUUAAUCACCUUUGGA